AUGGUUACAGAAAAGAAAUCACGUGAUGAAUAUGCUCUAGAAAGAUUCCCGCCAUCGAGGUCCAACAGUGGCGUUGAAAAAAUAUCUCUUGCAUCCACUUCGUGUUCCAAUACUUCAGAGGGUUAUGGAUCGCUACAUAGUCGCUCCUUGCUGCUCGGACGCAACGCCUCCUCCGUCCACGAAAUCACCCCGGUCGAGAACAUCCACCAUCUCGACAUCGAUGACGUCGAGACAUCUCCCGGCGACAUCGGUCAGGUCCUCCUCUCGUUAUCAUACAGCCAGUCGAACAGGUUGACUAUUACGUUGCUCGAAGUGACGAACUUGUUGCUGAGGCCAUUUUCAGAAAGCAUCGAUCCUUAUGUUCGAAUACGAGUUAGAUCAAGCAAUAAAGAUCAUUUUCACGAUUUUUACUUCCAAAGCGCGGUUAAGAGGAAAACGCAGAACCCAACCUUUGAAGAAACCUUUUUUGUGAAUCUAUCCCCCGAAGAACUAACGCACUACAUCAUCAGGCUCGAGGUGGUCAAUUUUCAUAAAUUCUCGCGAAAGGACGUGAUAGGCGAGAUUUGUAUUCCUCUUUAUGACGUCACGACAACGAAUGAGAUAACGCAAGCUUACGAUCUAAAAGAGCCGAUGAAGAAAAUGUGCGGUGAGAUGCUGCUUUCUCUGAGCUACCUGCCAACAUCCAGCCGUCUGCUUCUUGGUGUUCUAAGAGCGAGGAAUCUUACGUGCCAAGAUGACUCGAGAAAUAUAGACUCUUGUGUUCGGGCUAGACUCAUCAUGGGCGGCAGAAAAUGCAGAAGAAGAAAGACCCGCGUCGUAACGUCCGAUGUCGACCCCGUAUUCAACGACAAAUUCUUUUUCGAAGUCCCAGCGGAGAAACUCGAACGCGUCCAGAUUUUAGUCGCGGUGACGAACGAGCGAGACAGCGGACAGGACUCGGAUACGGAUACCGGUUACAGCGAAGCCGAAGUCGGUCAAGUGAUUCUGGGUUAUCGGAGCACACCGCGGGCGCAUGCGCACUGGUUAAAAAUGAUGACAAACCCGAGAGAGAAAUACGCUCAAUGGUAUGACUUGACAGUCUAAACUACCCCCCCCCCCCCCCAGCUAACACUACCAAGACAAAUAAAUCAUUAUUUGCCCAAACAAAUCACCAUUGUUAUAAGUCAUUAUUGUAGUAGUGGUAGUAGUAGUAGUAGUAGUAGUAGUAGUAUAUAGUAGUAGUAGUAACAUCUUGCCUUCCAUGUCCUUAAUUGUUAGUUAUAAUAAUAUUCGAUAAGAAGUAUUGGAAAAUCGAGGCGAAGGGUGCUAUUUAUAAUUUCAAUAUUACACUUUUAGUUGAUGUUUUUGUAUUUUAGCAUUUUGUAUUACACAUUGGGGAAAGUGCAUUAUAUCCACAUGAUUCUGCAAUCGUGAUAAUCUGAUUUUAGAGCAAUAACUAUUUUCUGUAUUUUACUGUUCUUAUUGGUAUAGUAUAACGUUUUUUACUAAUGCAAUAUAUCGUACAUAAAAUUUGAAAUAAAAAUGUGUGAAAUUUA